UCCCCUUUGGGCAUUCCGCUGAGAUCCAUGGACACCGAAAGAUUGACGGUGGAGGAGCUUUCAGUGCACUGGUGAAGGAACUUUUUUUCUCUAUGGUUGUAUAGCUGUGUGUCGACAGAAAAGCUCUCUCUCGCUCUCUUUGCAAAAUUCCUCUGCCGCAAAGUUUUCGUGGUUUUGCACUGCGGGUGCAACAAAACGGGCGAAGAGUGAAAUUCUUGUGUGGAAGAAAAUUUGAAACAAAAAAGAAAAGUUGUGAAGAAAAAAUGUGCUGAGAAGAGAGAAGAAAAAAAAAGAGGUGAUGUUGGUACCGAUGCUAUAGAUUGCGGAAGAAGGGAGAGCAAGAAGAAGAAAAAAGAAGUAGCAAAAUUGCUCAAUGGUAGGCAAGUGAGCUUCCAUCUACUCUUGGCUGUGACGGAGACGGUAGCAGCAGCAUCCAGGCAAAAGGAAAUCGAUUUCAGUCAGGUGUAGUCUGCGCUAGAAGCCAGUUGAGCUUUUCUUGCUGUAAAAUGUUUGCCGUACAGUGAAUUUUAUAUGCUUUGAACAUUACCUAUCAUUAUAUACAUAAAAGUGCUUUUCACUUCAGAACUGAGACAUAACUGCAGAACUCUAAAUGAUAAUGGGCACUGGACAUUGCUUUUGGGCAAUAUUUUAUUUUGCCUGCCUAUGUAGUGCAUCUCUAGCCAACAAUGCCAAUAUAAAUUUCCGUGAACGCGAGAAAAAGGUCUUGGAUCAGAUUUUAGGGAUUGGAAAAUACGAUGCAAGGAUUCGACCAUCGGGCAUCAAUGGAACUGAUGGCCCGGCCGUGGUCAGAAUCAAUCUUUUCGUUCGAAGUAUUGCAACCAUAAGUGAUAUUAAGAUGGAAUACAGUGUGCAGCUCACAUUCAGAGAACAAUGGCUCGAUGAGAGACUGAAAUUCAAUGAUGUCGGAGGGCGUCUGAAAUAUUUAACAUUGACCGAAGCGAACAGGGUGUGGAUGCCUGAUUUGUUCUUUUCUAAUGAGAAGGAGGGCCAUUUCCACAAUAUCAUUAUGCCAAAUGUGUACAUUCGUAUCUUUCCAUUUGGAUCUGUUCUCUACAGCAUACGAAUAUCAUUAACACUAGCAUGCCCAAUGAAUUUGAAAUUGUACCCUCUGGAUCGUCAAGUUUGCUCACUCCGGAUGGCCAGUUAUGGCUGGACUACUGAUGAUCUUGUGUUCCUUUGGAAGGAAGGUGAUCCUGUUCAAGUGGUCAAAAACCUCCAUCUUCCUCGUUUCACACUUGAAAAAUUUCUUACUGAUUACUGCAACAGUAAAACUAAUACGGGUGAAUACAGCUGUCUGAAGGUGGACUUACUGUUCAAACGUGAAUUUUCAUACUAUCUUAUACAAAUCUACAUCCCUUGCUGCAUGCUUGUGAUUGUAUCCUGGGUAUCAUUUUGGUUGGACCAAGGGGCUGUUCCAGCAAGGGUAUCAUUAGGCGUAACCACCCUACUCACAAUGGCCACUCAAACAUCCGGUAUCAAUGCAUCAUUACCACCUGUGUCCUAUACCAAGGCAAUUGAUGUGUGGACAGGUGUUUGUCUCACAUUUGUCUUUGGAGCUCUACUGGAAUUUGCCCUCGUCAACUAUGCAUCCCGUUCAGAUCUCCAUCGGGAAAAUAUGAAGAAGAAACGACGUGAAUUAGAGCAGGCAAGUCUCGAUGCAGCAUCCGAUCUUCUGGAUACAGAUUCAAAUGCAACAUUUGCAAUGAAACCCCUUGUGAGACAUCCCGGAGAUCCACUUGCACUAGAAAAACUACGACAAUGUGAGGUUCACAUGCAACCACCGAAGAGACCAAAUUGCUGUAGAUCGUGGUUAUCGAAAUUUCCAACAAGAUCGAAGAGAAUCGAUGUUAUAUCGAGGAUAACGUUCCCACUUGUAUUCGCGCUGUUCAAUUUGGUUUAUUGGAGUACAUAUCUCUUCAGGGAAGAGGAGGAAACUUAGACAAAUUUAAUUGUCACAUUUUAUUACCCUGUAAUGGACAAGCCGUUUAAUGUCGUAAUCCUAUGGAAAUAUCACAAUUCCCACAAAAGACUAAUAUCUGCAUAAUGUGUAACCAUCAUUUCAUAAGGUAAGAUUUACAUAAAGCAUAAAACAUACCAAAAACAGGCCAAUAAAAUGUUCACUUAUUUUACUGUCUAAUAAUUAUGUAGUAGGGGUUAAGUUUUAUGGUUCUAACCCUUGUUUUAACUUCGGUAUACCAACAAGUAAUCCCGGAUUUUGUCCAUAUUUGUGAUAAUUAUUUCAUAAAAAGGGAAUUAAAAAAUACAUAUUUUAAUCACUAUUAAAUUGAUUAAAUUUUACAUUUUUAAUCUUUCAAUUUAUUACGUUUUUUACAAUGUUUCCAAAAACCGCAGAAGAGCCAUAAAGCUUAACAGACACACAUACGAGAGCAAUGUUAUGCUUUUUAAUUAACUGAAAGUGUAAUAAAAUGAUGAAAGUAAUUAAUAUUACAUAUUUUAUUAAUUUCAGAAAUCAUUUGUAUUUUUUAUUACAACCCGUACCACGAAUUUCAUUGUAGCAAUAUUUUAUAUUUUACUUUGUAUAUAUUACAAUUAGGAAGUUCAAAGAAAAUGUUCUAUGAAAAUUUUUUCCUACUUUUUAUCCAAAAGAGUUUUUAAAACCAAAAGUUUUAUUUGAGCCAAUUAAAAAAAAAUUACAUCUUAAGUAAAUUUUAUCGAUCGAAAUCAAGAUUAAAAUGAUCCAAUUAAUCACAAAAGUGACAUAAAAUGCAAGUCCUUUAUAAGUAGGUCUUUAUGUUAAAGAAAAUACUGCCCAUUAAGAAUGAGUGAAAAUUUAUGCAAAGAUUUUUUUCAAAGAAUAAUUUAUCAAAAUUUUGCAAUUUAAAGAAAUUGAGUUGAAAUUAUUUAAUUUUCAAUUGUUUUACAUUGCCCCUAUAAGGGUGGAAAUAGGAAACAGAAAUUAAAAAAAAAUAAUAUUAAGUAAAAUUGUAUUGAAAUAUUGCUAUGAAUAUUUUAGUGAAGAACCAAUCGAUAUAAAAAUAGUUAAAAAAAAAGAGGAAUGAAAUUCAAAUAUUUAUUUAGCAUUAUGAAGGUUUCUUCUCAAUAUCAGGUGUGUUCUACGAGAUUAAUUUAUAAGAAAAUUAAUAGUUUUGUAGAAUUAGAACAACGGUGUGUUCCCUUCCUAUGAAAUCUUUCUGUCCAAUUGGUUGUUGUUAUUAUUUCAAUAUGCUUAUUUAUUGCUGUGAAACAGCUGAUGAAAAUUUUAUAAAAAUGAAAUAAUAAGGUUAUAAAAAAAACUAAUGAAAAAAAUCGUGAAAUAUAUAGAAAAAAUGUUAGGAUUACAAAAUAGAAGAAAAAAAAACUAAUAAAAUUGAAGUCAAAAAUAACUGUUAGCAACGUUAGGAAAUAGAUUUAUACAAAAAAAAUGUAUAAUGUUUAAAUUUUACAAAAAAAGAAUAAAUUUUAUAAAGUCUGGUUAUUUAUAAACUAUGUUUUAUAUGAUAUAUUUAGUAUUUACGUACAUAUAUUUGAUAUCAAAAUUAAGUCUUCUCAAUGAAAAAUUUCUUAAUUUAUUUUUAUGAUAAUUCAAAUGAUUUUUUAAAGCAAUUCUUUCCCUUUAAUUUUGUUCAUAAAUUUUAGUUUAACGUUAAAAGCUGCACUUUCAAUACAGGGUUUGCUAAUAAAACUGUCGUUGUAUAUAUAAUUAAUGAAAAAUAUGUGACAAACAUAUACAAUCACACAAUGUCUAUAUUCAUAGUUUAAUGAUAAAAAAAAGUAUACACGCAGUUAUCAUUGUUACAACUUUACUACAUGUUUCAUCGUUCAUUUACUUAAUCUUAUGACACUGCUAACUAACUUUUAGGAAGAUCUUUCAAUUUUUGAAAACAUGAAAGUCAUCAACAUUGGUUUCUAACUACCAGCCACGCUGAUGUGUACGAUUUGUAAUAAGAAGAAGAGCCUAAAAACAAAAAUUUAAGAAUUUGUUGUUCCAAAAAAAAAAUAUUUUGAUUUUUUUCAAUUUAAUUUUAUAAAUGUUAUAAAAAUAUAUUGAAAAAAGAGUAUAAGCAGAACAAAAGAAUUUCUUUUAAAAUAAAUUAACCUAUUUAGCACAUUCAGUGAGGCUGCUACUUAAAUAUAAAAAAUACGAGGUAAAUUGUCGCUUCGCUCCAAUUUACCUCGUAAAAAAUAUAAAUGAACUAUUGCAUAGUCUCUGCAGCAAAAUUUUUAAUGGUUAUGUUAGAUAAAUGAUGAACAAAAUUAGUUUUAUAUAGGUAUGUACAUACAUAAUAUGAAAUACGAGUGCUUGUGAUUAACAUCUGUUUUAUUAAUUUAUUAUUUAAUUAAAGGUAGGCAACCUCUCUAGAAUGAUAUAAAUGAGUUCAUUACAAAAUAGUCUUUCAUAUGCUUUCUGUUUUGCAUUGUAUACAGCCUAAAAGACAGAUAAAAUAAAUCAUUAACUACGGAGUAUUAUUUGAAAAGGGAAUCUAUUUCAUUUUACCACCUACGAAGAUAAUUUUAUCAUAGACAAAAACAAAUGGCGAUACAAAGAUGGCGAAUAAGAGGAAAAAAAGUUACUUUUAUGCAUUGAAAUACAAAAGGAAGUGAAAUAAAAAGUUUAUCUGUAAAACGAGGAGUGCAUUAAAUGCAAAAUCAAUUACAAGAAUAGAUUGUGAAUGAAUUAACAUAGCAACGUUUUUAAUGUUUAUAUUUAAAUAAAAGAAAAGUUAAGAAAAAAAAACAAUUUUUGCUCAUUGAGUUGAGAGUCUUUUCUCAAUUUAUUCGUCUUGGAAGGAAAAAGGUAAUGCGGAACAUUCUUUAGCAGCUUAAUGGAUGUAAAAAAGGGAAAAGAAUAUAUGAAUGAGGACUAGAACAAAAUACAAAGAAAAGAUUAGUAGAGCGACGUUUUAAAUUAAAGAAAAAUAAUUUUGAUGAAGUGAUUGAAAUAGUUUUCUUUUGAAUUAGAACAACAAAAGAACAUAAAAUUUAGGUAAGAUAAUAAAAAAAUAUUUACAAUCCCCAUAACAUGAAAGAGAGACAAUGAUUUGUAAUUGAAAAAUGUAUGAAAAAUAUUUUAUGAAGCGAAAUAAUAAGUAAAUUGAUUUAUUGAUAUAAA